AAACGCUGAGGUCUAUUGUGUUGUGCAUUUUUCUCAUGAUCGAAUUUAGCAUUUUUACUAGCUGAUUAACAAACUUGUUGAACGCGGAAGUCCGAAUGUGGGAAUAUAAAACAUUAACGAACUAAGAAAAGCCUCUAAAGCAUAUAUUGAGGUAAAUUUGUUUUUAUUUUCGCACAUUUGGACUUUAUUCUUAUUAUAAUUACAGAAAAACAUUAUUUCUAAUGUCUGCGUAGAGUUAAUGUGGACUUAUAUUAGGAGCCAAUAAUGACAAAGUAAUACACUGUUCACAGUCAAAAACUGCUAAUAUUGUUUUAAAGUAAUAAUUUCAUGUGAUUUCAGACAGAAUAUUCAAAGUACUAUGGUGACGUUAAACAUAUAGUUGGCUUGUCACAAGUUGUCACUGAACAAAUGUGCGAAUAUAGAACAAACUACCGUUACCUCUAUGAAAAACAUGGGCUAGCUAUGUUAGCAUACUUGAACCAUACUGAACCAGUAGUUACUCGUGGAGACUCUUUUCUUUGCGGAAAAGCUUUUCUUUGCGUUGCUUCGCUUUUUUGUUGACUCAUCUAUUAGGUGAUAUUUAUUUUACGCUAUUGGAUUUAUGUUAACUGUAUGGUAUCAAUAAGUUUUAAUGCUGUUGCUUGACUUGUUUGUGUUUUAUUCGGUGUUUUGUUUACUUGUUUUUACCGGUGAUUUGUUUCUUGGUUAUUGCUAAAUAUCAUUUUUUAGCCAUGGCUCUUGGUGUGCACAUGUUCGCUCCGGUUUGUCUCAUCGAAAAUGACGGAUUUGGGAAGCUGUGUGUAAAGAAACAGGCAAAAGACAUUCUGGACCGGAUCAAUGAGCCCGUGGUGGUGGUGUCUGUGGUGGGACCCUAUUGUACGGGAAAGUCUUACCUUAUGAACCGCCUGGCAGGACAACAAACUGGUUUUGCUCUCAGAAACACUAUUGAGUCAAAGACCAAAGGCAUCUGGAUGUGGUGUAUUCCUCACCCGAAGAAAAAAGGACACACUCUGGUGCUGCUGGAUACAGAGGGAUUGGGUGACGUGCAGGAGGAUGAGAAGGAUGACACAUGGAUCUUCAGUCUGGCUGUCCUUCUCAGCAGUGUUCUGGUGUACAACAGUUUAGGGGUCAUUGAUAACGAGGCACUGGAAAAGCUGCACUAUGUUACAGAGCUGCCGGAGAACAUCCGUGUGAAGGCAGAAGGUUAUGAAGACGAGGCUGCAGAAUUCAUGCAUGUUUUCCCAUCGUUUGUCUGGGCUGUUCGGGACUUUGCUCUGGAUUUGAAAAUGGGGGACAAAUUGAUAACGUCAGACGAGUAUCUGGAGAGUGCACUGAUGCUUAAACAAGGUCUCUCACGUCGAACAGCCCGGUAUAACCUGCCACGCCGCUGUUUGUGUGAGUUUUUUGCGCAGAAGAAGUGCUUUGUGUUUCCUCGACCUGCUAGUACACAAGACAUGAGAAGAAUAGAGGAUCUGCCUGAAGUAGAGCUGGAUUCAGAGUUCCUUCAUCAAGCAAACGCUUUCUGUAGUUACAUUUACCAUAACGCACAGCCAAAAACUGUCAAAGGAGGACAUACAAUUACCGGAACAGCUCUGGGGAAUCUUGCUGAGAUUUACAUAGAGGCCAUUUGCAGUGGAAAAGUUCUUUGUCUGGAAAAUGCAGUCGUGUCUCUGGCUAAGAUCCAGAAUGUUCGUGCAGUUGAUCAAGCCCUGCAGAUUUACAAGGCAGAGAUGCUCAGCAUGGCUCAGCUUCCACUGGACCCAGAUCAGCUGUCUAGAAUCCACACACUAGCAGAGAAGAAGGCCAUCAAAGUGUUCAUGAAGAUGUCCUUCAAUGACAAGGACCAGAUCUACCAGAAAGAGCUCAUGGAGAAGAUUCAUCAUAAAUAUCAGGAUAUGUGCCAGCAGAAUCAUCAAGCGUCUCUCAUGCAGUGUCAGAAGGUUCUGGAGGAUGUGUUUGAUCCACUAGAAUUGAAGAUUUCUGAUGGAUCAUACCUGAGGCCUGGAGGAUACAGACAAUACAGAGCCUUUCUCACCAGCUGAUCAGUGCUUACAGAGAAGAAGAACAGAGUCACA